CUCCACCAUUAUCAUUUCUACCCUCACGUCACGUUUACUCUUUAAAAUCUAGAAAACAUUUCUUCCUAAUCUUAAUUCAUUACAGCUACUGUAUUAUAUAGAACUAACAAAAUGGAUUCCGAUAUAAAUGAUAAAAUAGAACAGUUAGAAAAGGCUAUCAAACAAUUAGAUGCUGUGAAACGUCAUUUAUUACAUAAUGCUACAGAGAUUAAAGGUCAAGUUCAAACUACAAUGAGUCGUCAUUUAGAAUCAUUAAGAAACCGUGAAGUUUGGUUGUUGAGUCAAGUUGAUUUGGUUUUUAGUGCUAAAGAAGCAGUGUUACAGGCUCAACAAGCUAGAUUAAACAAGAUGUUAGGAGUAUUACAGAGUACCAUAGGUUUAACAGCUGAUUCUAAUUCGAACUCUAAUUCUAUCUUAGUAGAAACUCUCCAGAAGCUAGACAUUAACCUCAAUGAUCUAAAUCCAGAAGAAACAGCUUUCUUUACCUUUAGAGCUGAUCCUAGUGAUUUACGGAACACUAUUCUAAAUUAUGGUCAUGUUGAUGCUAAUGGUAUGCCUUUAAGUGGUGCCUUCCAUGAACCAGAAUCACAGACAUUGCCACGACAUUUUGAGGAUUAUGAAGGUCCUGAUCAUCAUAUUUUCUAUAAAACUGUCAGUGAUAAUAAACAGAAUGAAGACUGUGGUAUUUACGUGAAUAUACCAAAACUAUCAACUAAAGCUGAGGAUUGGUUGUUAUAUUCUACUAAUACUACUACAACAACUACAAGUACAGAUAGUACCCCAAGAUUCUCUUUCCCUCCAUUUAGUUCCAACUGGUUAGAUUGGAUACGUCAGAAAUCUCCUAGUACACCGGGAAUGUCUUCACCUACAUUACGUACUAUAUCUAGUGAUGCUAGUAUUAAAGAUUGGUUGUGUCAGAUUAAACAGUAUGCUGACCCAGAAGAAGAAGAAGAUUUUGAAAUUGUGGAUAAUUCUGGCCUAAGUACAGCAUCCAGUGAUAGUUAUACUAGUAUACCUGAUAGUAUACCAGUCAAACCAACAGUUACUAAUCUAGAUCUAAUACAUCUUGAGUUCCCUACUGCAGUACAAUCAUGGUUAAAAACUAACAGAUCUACACCAGAAGAUAAACCUUAUGAUUUUUUUCAACAUGUACCAUCUGAUCCUGAUGUAUGGUUGAUUCAUCAAAUAGAAAAGAAAAAGGCAUGUGAAGACUGUAAACCAGGAUUAACAACUGAUAUAGAGAACCUUGGUGAGAGAUUAAACAACCUUAUAUGUACAACUAAUACAUCUGGAUAUCAAUCUUCUUGUUCAACAGAGGAUAAACAACGUUGUUUACAAUCAGAGACAGAUUUGGAGAUGCCACAUGUUUUAGAUGUUUGUAAGGCUAAUGAGUUAUGUGAUGGUUUUGUAGAUUGUGUUUGUAGCCCCCAUUGUGGUUUUCAACAUAUUGGUAUCACAGAUAACAACCAUUGGUUGAUAACUAAAAACCAAGAUGACAAAGACCCCUGCCAAAAUAAAGCAAUGGAAAUUGAUGAGAAAUGGUUAAGUCCCAAAAAGGCACGUACUACCAAUAACCAAGAUUUCAAGGUGUCCUUUCCACUGUUCGAAGAAAUCACCAGAGAUCCCGAGUGUUGGUUAAAUACAAAUUGUAUGGUUAAAGAUAUUAAUUUUGAAGAAAUUUUCAACAGUCAAUGUUCCAAUGAUACCUGGUUAAAAUCCCCAAUGUUAAGAGAAUGUAACGAUAAUGAGUCCAGAAGCUAUGAUAUCAAAAACCAUCAUAAAGAAACAAAUACAUCUGAUUGGUUACUUCAAACAAAUUAUGGCCAAUCACAUCCUAGUGAUUCCAAUAAACAGAAGUGGCUAAUGAGCCAUUGUUAGACCAUAGUUAUUGUUUGUAAGUUCUGAUUAAAAUAGAUAUCUUCUAAUUUUGAAAUUUUCUGUUGAUCAUAUACAAUUCUUAUAUAAAUUAGGUUCAGCUGUACAGGACAAACACUGGCAAAGAGGAUUGAAUUGUAAUCUCUUGAAAUUUAUCAUUGCCGAGAAUGUCUUUUAUGAUUCAGGGUCAGUGAUUUCAGAGCAAAAUUUGAAUUUAAGAUUGAAUAUGUUAUUUGAAUCAACAUUUUUUAACAGAUGUUUUAUUUUUGUCUGUGAGGUGGUAAUAUAGGAAACUCUUAUUAGACUGCAAUAUUUACAACUAUCAAGGAUGUUAGAGUGUUAUUGAUAUUUUCUACUAAAGCACUGUUGAUUUCUUAUGUUUAUGUAUAUCAAAUCUUACCAUUAAGAAUAUGUAAGAUCACUUUUUACCUGCAAAUAUCACAUGUGGAUAAACAUUUUACUCAGUGAAAAUUUUCAAAUUGUGCUGUUUCUUAGCUCAAAAAUAAGACAAUUUAUAGACUAAUUUUGACUAAAUUUAGUUAAGUAAGAAUAACUGAGUGCUUUUACAAGUAUAAGUUUCAAUGUCAGUUUCAACAGAAGAUAAGAGUUAUGUAUACUAUAUAGCAGUGUUACAUACAGGUUAUAUAUAUAAUAGUGUUAUAAAGUAACCUACUACUAUUUUUACUACACAAUGUAUAUAAAAUAUUAUGUAUGUAAGGACAAGAGAGACAAUUAAAUUUAAUAGUAUGCCCAUCAAUUGGAAGCUGGGAAUUAAGUGCUUGUAGGUUUUGUUUUUAUGUUGAAGUAUUAUGUCCAUUAUAAUUUAAUUUGGACUUUAUUUAUUAUAUAAGUUAAAUUCAAAUUUCAAGUUGCAUGCAAAUAGUUUUGGCUAUGAAAAUUCCUCAAAUCUAAGUUAAAUUUGAACGUUAUAGACAAGCCUACUUCUACAUUUAAAACAUUAAAACAUCUACGUUAUUUAUUUUUCAUACCAGUCCAAGAUGUUGAAAAUAUAUGGGAAUAGGCUUGACAUGAGGGUUAAAAUGGUGUUUGAGAUAAAAGCUACCAUAUAAAACUGAUGAUAACAAACUGAGAACUAACUGAUAUACGUUGUAAUAACAUGACUGUGAUAAAGCUAUGUCAAAAACUUUAAAUUUUAAUUUUGAUCCCAAUAAAUGGUUUUAAAUCC